GAGAGUGAGAGAGAGUGACAGGGUGGGAGAGAGGGAGAGAGCGAGGGAGCGCGAGCUGGAAAUAUAAUAUGCGGUGGGCUGGGGCGGCCCCGGCCUCGGUGGCGCUGUUCUUGCUCCUUUUGCUCGGCGGGCCGACCUGCGAGGCGAGGCACCGGCGCACCGGCAACGGCCACAAGCCCGACGGUGACAUGACCCUCUGGAUCGAUCGUCAGCAAAUCAAAAUGUUCAGCGGUGUCGAAAUGGAAAUAUAUGCAAUCGACGAGGGCCGAGUGGUUCCUUAUUUACUUGAUCCAGAAUUCGAGAGUAAAUUGCCAAUCAUCCCAAACGAGGUAUCCUACGUGAACUUUACAUGGAAGUCAGGCGUGAAGAAAUACUACUACGACUUCUUCUUGCUCAAAUCCUUUGACGAAUCAAUAUUGAAAACGCCCUCGAUCACAAUUAAGAAACAAGGUCGCGUGCCCAAACGGCAGAAAGAGUUCAGUGUACUGCUGCCGUGCUCGGGCAACAAUUCCGGGGUCGCACAAUUCGGAAUCGGUCUGAUGAUCGAGACGCGCAAGAACAAGCCACUGAACGGGACACCCCUGCGGCUCAGCCUGAGAAAAGAAUGCGCCGUGCGCGGUGAGUGCGUCAGUCGCGCCCACGAUCACCACCUCUCCACCCACACAUACAAGCCUAAUCCAGGGCCGUGUCCUGACGGCUAUCUAGGACCUCCACAUUGUAAAAAAGCUUUGUGCUACCCAAACUGUAUGAAUGGCGGAAAUUGCACGGCACCAGGAGUAUGCUCGUGUCCACCUGGCUUUCAAGGACCAUAUUGCGAAGGAGGUAUAUGCGCUGAGAAGUGUCUAAACGGUGGCAAAUGCGUACAAAAAGACACGUGCGAAUGUCCAAAAGGAUUUUUUGGCUUAAGAUGUGAAUUUUCUAAGUGCGUAAUACCCUGUUUAAAUGGAGGAAAGUGCAAGGGCAACAAUAUAUGUAGAUGCCCGACUGGCUUUAAAGGAGAUCAUUGUGAAAUUGGUAGACGUUCUCCCCAGCGGUCGGCCUGCACAAAGCCUUGCAGAAAUGGCACAUGUCAACCAGACAAUACAUGUCUUUGCGAGCCUGGAUGGUUUGGAAAAUUGUGCAAUAAAAACAAACCAUGGGCUUAAACGAUUAAGUGCACCAUGCAUGCAGCCUUAAGCAUCGUCGCACAAUAUUCAGUGAUUUACCGUUAAUGUGGAAUAGAAACUGCAUUUAUCGGACGCAGCUAAAAUUGGAUUCAGUAUUAUUUGUAUGGCAAAUUCAGAAACUAAAGUGUUAAAUUUCGAUCUUGGAAUGAAGAAUCUAUGACACUUAACUGGAGUGGUGGAAUUAAAAUAAAUAUUUGUGGUACUGCAACUUGGAGAGGAAACAACGAGCGGUACGAUUGUAAAAAAUGUAUCUCACCAG